AUGCGGUGGAUGCUGUUUCCACGGUUGAUCUGCCUCCUGGCAGGAGCGUCAGUGUGGAUGGAGCUCGGUGUGGCCAUUUCGAUCCAUGUCGCCUACUCGCAUGCAGGGAUCUGCCCCAAUGACAUGAACCCUAACUUGUGGGUGGAUGCCAUGAGCACCUGCACCCGAGAAUGUGAAUCUGAUCAGGAGUGUGAAUCCUUUGAAAAGUGCUGCCAAAAUGUCUGUGGGAACCGCAGUUGUGUAGCCGCCCGUUACAUAGAUGAGAAGAAGGGCCCCAUGGGAAUGCCCAAGGAAGCAUCCUGUGCCAAUUUUAUGUGCAGCCAGCAGGGGUCUGAGUGUGUCAUCUGGGACGGUCACCCAGUGUGUAAAUGUCGGGACCGCUGUGAGAGGGAGCCUCAAUUCACCUGCGCCUCUGACGGCAUGACUUACUACAACAAGUGCUACAUGGAUGCAGAGGCAUGCUCUAAGGGCAUCACACUCUCUGUUGUGAUCUGUCGCUUCCACUUCACCUGGCCUAACACAAGCCCCUCCCUCCCAGAGCCAACCACCUUGCACCCAACCACAUCUCUCCUUCAGCUCACCAUCCCACCUGAGCCUCAGCCCCCUGUCACGGUCAGUAGCCCCUCUCACCAGGUUGUAAAUGUGGGCGACACAGCCAGCUUCCUUUGUGAUGUGGUGGGUCAACCCCAUCCAGAGAUAAACUGGGAGAAACGACUCCCUGGUGGGGUAGAGAGGGUGGUCAUGAGGCCCAAUCACAUGCGGGGUAACAUGGUGGUCACUAACAUUGGUCAGCUGGUCAUCUACAAUGCCCAGCCAAAAGAUUCAGGCAUUUACACAUGCACUGCUCAGAACCCAUUUGGCUCUGUGACAGCCCACUAUCAUCUCUCUGUGCUGCUGACAGAGGAGCUUGGCCCUCUAGAGUCCAAGAAUCUGACACAUUGCUCACCUGAAGAAUGUCUCAAACCCUCUGAAAGCCCAGAAGAUUGUGGGAGUAACCUGGAGAAAGUUAGUUGGUACUAUGAGUUCAAAUUUAACAAUUGCUUGGCUUUCACCAUAUGCCAAGGCAACCUUAACAACCAGCCUCCUGCUAAGGUCUUCAACACGUAUGAAGAUUGCAUGCAGUGCUGUGGUCCAGAGCUGUUGGGGCCUUGUGGGCUCCCCACCCAGCAGGGUCCCUGUAAAGCAUAUAAGCCUCGGUGGGUGUACAGCAGCACAUUGCGGGAGUGUCAGCCCUUCAUUUACGGAGGCUGCGAGGGCAAUGACAACAACUUUGACUCUAAACAGACCUGCGAGGAGAUGUGCCCCUUCCCAAAAAAUCAUCCUUGCAAAGCCUGCAAGCCAAGAGGCAAGCUGGUGACGAGCUUCUGUCAGAGUGACUUUGUCAUCCUUGGCCACAUGACAGAGAUCACACAAGAGAAGAGUUCAGGUCAUGCCCUGGUGACUGUAGAGGAGAUCUUCAAGGAUGAGAAGAUGGGUCUGCGCUUCUUUGGCAAGGAGCCUCUGGAGGUUACUUUUCUCAACAUGGACUGGAAUUGCCCUUGUCCGAACAUCACGAGCGCAGCUGCCGAGGGUCAGGUCAUCAUUAUGGGCAAUGCCAAUGAAGGCAUGGCUGUCCUCCAGCCAGAGAGCUACGUGGGCACUUCUAACCCUCGUCGGAUACGGAAACUGAAAGAACUAAUUUCCAAGAACACCUGUGAUGUUCUCAAAGUUAUCACUGACAGUCCAAAUUAG